AAACUCAUUUCGAACCAUCCUUUCAUUUCAACAAAUUGAGCCGCCUCUGACUUUAAAUCAGCGACUCCAUCCACCACAGAACAGAAGCUCGAUCGUGCUCGGUGAUCAUGGCUACGGUGCAGCUCGAAGUAAUAUCCAGAGAGCUCAUCAAACCCUCCUCUCAAACUCCACAUCACCUAAGACUAAGAGACUACAACCUCUCCUACUUCGAUCAGCUCUCUCCUCGUAAGUACAUCCCGCUUGUUCUUUUCUAUAACCCUUGCAAUACCACUGCUAGCACUUUUGAGACAUCCAUUCUCCUCAAAAAAUCUUUAUCUGAAACCCUAGCCUUUUACUACCCAUUUGCCGGAAAGGUCAAAGAUCAAGAGUUCAUCGACUGCAACGACGAGGGAAUUUUGUUCUUGGAAGCAAAGGUCAAACUGAAGUUGUCUGAAAUUCUUGAGAAUCCGAAACAUGAAAUUUUGGACCUUUUAUUUGCAGACAAUUUGCAGUGGAAUGAUACGAAUUUGAGUACUUUACUUGCUGUACAAGUCAGCUACUUUGACUGUGGGGGAAUGGCAUUAAGUGUGUGCAUGUCACACAAAAUUGGCGAUGCAGCAACCAUGGUCAAUUUCGUCAAUGACUGGGCUGCCAAGGCUUCAAACUCAGGUAAACAAGUUUCCCCUUUGCUCUAUACACCCUCGAUUUUUCCAAGGGGUGACUUACCACUUAUGCCGCAGCCGGAAUAUUCCAUCAAGAAAGAAAAUUGUGCCUCCAGAAGGUUUGUAUUCGAUGCCCAAAAAAUUGCGGCCCUCAAAGCCAUUGUAGCUGACAAAGUGCAAAAGGCUACAAAGGUAGAGGUUGUGAGUGCUCUACUAUUUAAGUGUGCAAUUUCUGCCGCCAAUGCAAGUUCAUCAGGUACUACAAGACCAACCCUUUUUCUCCAAAAUGUUAACCUUCGUACCAGGAUGAUUCCUCCGCUACCAGAAAACUAUGUGGGUAACAUCAGUUGGGUAUUUCCGGUACCAAAAAGGGAGGACAUCAGUUUGCAUUGCUUGGUGGGUCAAAUGAAAGAGGCCUUGUCAGAUUUCUGCAACACAUAUGUUAAGAAUGUAAGGGGUACAGAAUUGGCCUUGAGCAUUAGCAAAACCAUGGAGAAGAUGCGGGCUAUGUUCAAAAGCAGUAAGCGAUGUGUGCAAUACAAUUGUAGUAGCUGGUGCAGGUUCCCAGUAUACGAAGCAGAUUUUGGGUGGGGAAAGCCUGUGUGGGUGAGUAUUGGGGCUUGUCUUGACAAGAAUGUUAUAAUUCUGAUGGAUAGUAAAAGUGGGGAUGGGAUCGAAGCUUUUGUCACUCUGGAAGAGCAAGACAUGGCUGCUUUUGAGUGUGAUGAGGAGUUACUAGCAUUUGCUGCUCUAAAUCCAACUCCAUUAACAAGCCAAGUUUGAUGUUGUAGUUGCAUGUGCUAUUAUAACUACUAGAUUAAAGUGUGCUAGAAAAGCAACAGAACAUAUGUAUGGUUCUGCUUGUAAUCAGACUCUUACGAAUGUCUCAACUCUCAACCUUGAGUUAUUUGGACUUUGGUUUAUAGUUUAAACUAUAGUCAUGGUUUGUUAAUGUCUUUUGUACUUUUGAUAAGAAGUUUGUUCUCAUAUCCCCUUUUAAUUAGAUGUUGAUAUCCUUGUGAUUUAAUAAA